AUCGGAUCGGGGCCCGACCACGCACGUCGCCCCGCCGCUGGACCUCGACGCCGCCCGUAACGCCUCCGCCUCGGUCACCCCGUCGCCGCUCGGAUCGCCGCGCCGCCGUCCUCUUCGCCAUCACCGUCGUCGUUGCUUCCACGUCCUCCUCCCCACGGGUUGCCCCCGAGCCUCGUCGCCCUCUUCUCAGCAAACGCGGGUAAGGCCCCCGGCCUCCUCUCCCCCUCGCCCCGCGCUCACCACGACCACGCCGCGCCCCUACCACCGACAGCUCUGCCGACUCCGCCCGCUCGCUCCUGCUGUGCUCUGCUCCGACGAGCUCCGCGCCCGCGUCGCCACGCAGCAGCUGCUGCUUCUUCGCUGCGCCGCCGCUCACCGUUGCGGCUUGUCGCACGCACUGCCCGCCGCUCUCUCACGCCCCUGUCUCUGCCCCGUACCCCCUCACUCCGCUCUCGCCGCAUACGGCCGCGUCGCGCUGCCCGUGCCCCGUUCGCCCCGCGCGGCCACUCCAUCGCGUGCGCCGGCGCGCCUUCCCCGCUCUGGCCGUCGAGGCCCGCACCCGCCGUGGCCUCCUUCGGUCUCCCCUGUCCGCUUACGCCGCCAGUCAUCACCGUCCCACGCCGUGCGGCUCGCCUUGGCUACCGUGCUCGUCGCCGCUUCCCUGCCGUUGUCCCGACCCUGCACUGGCCGCGCCACCCCUCACCGCCGGCCCCAGGCCACUGGCCUUCCCCUGCUCCGGUGCCCUGCCGG